AUGUCCCAUACAAGCCCAAAGCGUAUAGGGGCCAUCCGCCAUCCACAAGCAGAAUAUGUUGGCGCAACGCCGAUGAACUCGAGCCCAGACCUCCCCAUCAGUAACGCCUACACCUCGCGCAACUCGACAGGCCAGACCGCCGGCUCUGACCUCUCGCUCGGCCUCUCGCUCUCGGGCUCGUCAUCCCACCAAUACCCCCAGCAGCAACAGCAACAGCAGCAGCAAUCCCAGUCGCAGCAGUCGUCCCGACCUAGCGCCGCGCUCGCGAAUCCGCCCUCGUCAUACAGUCGCCAGGACUCGUAUCGUCAAGACUCGUUCCGCAGCUCGGAUUCUGGCUACCAGCCUUCCAGCAACUUUGGUGCCGCGGGUCACUCAUCCACCGUUUCUUCCACGUCAAAGUCGUCCCGAAAGUCUGAUCCGUACAGUAUGGCUCAACAACCGCAUUACAACAACGGCAACACGAACGGCACCUAUUCAUCGACCACCUCGACACCGUCAAGGCCGCCCCUGCACCACGCCUACUCUACCACUAGUGCUGCUGCUGCUGGUGCCGCGGGAUCGCCCAGCGUGAACCGCCAUUCCUACACAAUGGGCCCUGGAGGAGCAGGCUCUUCGAUGUCCCAGCCCCCGCGCCCCGUGCGCUCUGGUACCCUUCCUGCAGGAGAGCACCCCGGUGCUUCUUACUCCAACGGGAUGUCGGUCUCUCCCCUCCCUCAGCUCUCCAUUCCACCUGUGCCCGCGAUCCCAUCUCCUUCCACGCCCACGUCGGGCAACAGCAGCAGCCAAACAUUUGUCUCCACCCCCACACCGUUAGAACAGAGCCUCGAGUCCAAGAUGAGCCUCGGCCCUACGAUUCCUGUGCAAACGGACAAGGAGCUGCCGAAUGGUCCCCCGACGGUGCGCGCUAGAAGCGGAACAAAGGGAAGCUCAAAGGACAAGAAGAGCAUGUUUGGUGUCCUGAGUGACCUACUCAAUUCGAACGAUGCGAAAAAGCCCAUCAUUUCCACCCCGUAUGACCCGAUCCACCUGACGCACGUCGGUUUCGACUACAACACGGGACAGUACACGGGCAUGCCUGCCGAGUGGCAGCAGAUUCUGGAUGAGAAUGGAAUCACCCGUGCUGAGCAGGAGCAGAACCGGGAACAGGUUCUCGCUGUCGUGGACUACUUCCGAAACCUCGACUCGGAAAGCCCAGAUGACGACGUCUGGAGCAAAAUGCGCAAUGCGGGCCCCGCGCACCAGUUCUCCUCGUCUGGCACGACACCGUCACCACAGCCCAACUCGGCGGACAUGUCGCGCGAAAACUCGAACGACGGCUCGGCAUAUGGAUACAACAACCCGCGAGCAGCCCCGGCGCCGCCCCCAGUGCCGCAACAACAGUCUUCCUCGUCGGCGUCUCGCUUACAGUCUGAUCGCCCGGCGCCGUCCAAGCCGCCCAGGGCAGCCAUGGACGUGGCCCAGCCCGCGCCGCAGGCGCCGUCACAGGUCGAGCGCUCGCACUCGCAGCGCGUUCCUGGCAGCGGAAGUUCCACCCCGCAAGCCAAGCCCAAGACGAUUGACCGGUCGCUGUCGUCUCGUGCGCCCCCGAGCAAGGGCGCGUCUCCCCCGUUACACAAGUCGCUGUCUCAGUCGGGCAAGCGUCGUGACCGGGAACGUGAGCGCGAGCGCGAUGCGCCGCCCACCGUGCCGUCACAAUCUGCCGGUGGUGUGUCUCGAUCACAGACAAAGGGACGUGAGCAAGGCGGUACUACGCGCCGUCGCGACAAGGCCAAGGAGAAUGAGGAGGUUGUCCGCCAGCUGCAGAUGAUCUGUUCCCCUGGCGACCCGAACCAGAUUUACCGCAGCCUGGUCAAGAUUGGCCAGGGCGCGUCGGGUGGUGUCUACACGGCAUACGACCGGAAUAACACGCCCGUCGCCAUCAAGCAGAUGAACCUGGAGAAGCAGCCGAAGCAGGACCUCAUUAUCAACGAGAUUCUGGUCAUGCGUGAGAGCCGUCACCCGAACAUUGUCAACUUUAAGGACUCGUACCUCUGGAAGGGAGACCUCUGGGUCGUGAUGGAGUACAUGGAGGGAGGAUCACUCACGGAUGUUGUCACCGCGCACUGCAUGAGCGAGGCGCAGAUAGCAGCUGUGUCGCGCGAAACGUGCGAGGGACUGCGCCACCUGCACUCGAAGGGUGUCAUUCACCGCGACAUCAAGUCGGACAACAUUCUGCUGUCGCUGAACGGCGACGUCAAGCUGACCGAUUUCGGCUUCUGCGCGCGAAUCGCCGACCCCCUCUCAACCAAGCGCACGACCAUGGUCGGCACGCCGUACUGGAUGGCGCCCGAGGUUGUCACGCGCAAGGAGUACGGACCGAAAGUGGACAUUUGGUCGCUCGGCAUCAUGGCGAUCGAGAUGCUCGAGGGCGAGCCGCCCUAUCUUAACGAGAACCCCCUGCGCGCUCUGUACCUGAUCGCGACAAACGGAACGCCCAAGAUCAAGGACUGGGACAAGCUGUCGAGCGUGUUCCGCGACUACCUGCAGGCGUGUCUCACGGUGGACGCGGAGAAGCGGCCGACGGCCGAGCAGUUAUUACGACACGAGUUCUUCAAGUAUGCCGCCAAGCUCUCGAGUCUGUCCACCAUGAUCAAGAGUGCGAGGAAGAACUAA